UCUCUUAAAACUACUUUUCGUGUGUGUGCGCGCGCGCGCGUGCGCGAGAGAGCGCGAGCGAGCGAGUGUGCGCUGUGGGCUCCGCUUCAUCUGUUGUUUGCGCAACACAAUCACAUUUCUUUUAAGCGACAGGGUGUCUAGACACACACGUGACCGGGCGCGUCAAUGCGCACUGGAGACUGGAGACGGAGAGCAAGGGCACCCAAACCAUCCGCCUCAUUUACAGACAGAGAGCCGCUCGCUCAGCUCACCCAGCCACCCACCCACCAACCAAACCAAACCUCCAACCCCCCCACCACCACCACCACCACCCCUCCUCCUCCUCCUCCUCCUCCACCACCACCCUCCCACCUCGAGAUCACUCGUCGGCUCGCUUUCCUUCUCGCCACACUCAGACACGGAAACUUCGUGCGAGAGAUACGAGGUUGGAUUAUUUUAUCCGAGAGGGGGAUUCGCCUGCUGAAAUAGGUUACGAGGAGGGCUCGGUCUGCGUGGACGUACAACCCGAGGGUCUCUCUGUCUCUCUCUCUCUCUCUCCCUCCUCUCAACUCAACGAACGAGAGAUUUCGCUCCUGGAUUUUUUUUUUUGCUCCCUGGCUUCUUUCGGACACAGCCAGCAAGAACCACAUCCUCUGCGCAUUUUAGACGGUAACGGAAUAAAAGAAAAAAAAUAAAUACAAAGAGAUACAUUUUUUGAAAAAAGAAAGAAAGCCUCCGCACGCCUGGUGGAGAGACAGAGCUCCUCUGCGCAGUCGGAUCGAGGAUUUUGUUGGAUUAAUGCUCUUGAAGACGCGGCGGCCAGAGCUUCGGGUUUUUUUUUUCUUUUCUUUUCUUUUUUUUUUCACGGGAUAACUGUGACAGCGUUGAGGCGUAAUUAGGCCCCGGCAGGUCUGCCUUUUUCCCUUUUUUUUUUUUUUUUUUGUUGCCUCCGCAGCUUAUGCGCACAGACAGAAACAUGUUUUGACUGUGUUUGUGUGCGCUGAGAGAGAGAGAAAAAAAAAACCCCGUCCUCGGAGCGCGCUCGAGAAAAGAAAAAAAAAAAGAAGAAGAAGAAGAAGAAAGGGGGUCAGCUCACGGCGCUCGGCUGCACAUCACCAAGUGAAUAAUUGUGCCACAUUGAGGCUACAUGCUGCUGCGCUGUGGCCGCUGUUAGACGCGCAGAGAAUAAGCCGUGCGAUUCUUUUUUAUCACGGGCUGGUCUUAGACACCCCCCCACCACCACCACCACCCCUCCUUCCCCACUUCCACUGGAGGUGAUGGUCGUCUACCCCCGGAGGACAAGCUGACUGUCCCGCGAACCGCGACUGCUUUCCGUAGAUCCGGCGUGCAGGAGACGGCAGCAGAGACUGGCGCAUGCUACAGAUUUCCUCUGCUCGUCCAGCACCCGGUUUCUCCACCGUCUCUUCUCAGGCUGCUUGUCAUUGCCUGGACUCGGAUCCCGGAAUCUUCAUGAUUUGCGGACACCAUGCUCGUUUUUUAGCCGGGGAACCCUCUUUUCGUCCCGCAUGUUUAGGACCAAACGAUCGGGGCUCGUCCGGCGACUCUGGAGGAGCCGUGCGCCCGUGGAGGGCGACGGGGAGGCGGAUAGAGGGACGCAUGGCUCCGGGGGCUGCUGCAUGGGCAAAACGACAAAGGUGGCCAAGUCCAACGCCGGGUCGGAGGCCGAACUGAAGGCGCUGACCCACUCGAUCCUGAAAAAGAUCAAAGAGAAACAAUUAGAGGUGCUUUUGCAGGCGGUGGAGUCCAAGGGGGGAGCCCGAAGCCCCUGCCUGCUCCUGCCCAGCAAAGUGGACGCCAAAGUGGGUCAACAGUCUUACUCUCUCCCCAUGCUGCUCUACAAAGUGUUCAGGUGGCCGGACCUCAGGCAUUCCUCGGAGCUCAAGAGGCUGUCGUGCUGUGAAUCCUACGGGAAAAUCAACCCGGAGCUCGUUUGCUGCAACCCGCACCACAUGAGCAGACUUUGUGAACUCGAGUCCCCUCCUCCUCCAUAUUCACGCUAUCCCAUGGACUAUCUUAAACCACCAGAUUCUCCAGACUCUGGACCUUCAUCCAGUGAGACUGGGGGAACGACAUACUCGGCCCCUGUGGGGCUUUCAGAUUCCCUGGCGUUGCAGGAGUCUGGCGAUCGGGCCCAUUGGUGCGUGGUGGCAUACUGGGAGGAGAAGACACGCGUCGGGCGCCUCUACUCAGUCCAGGAGCCCUCUCUGGACAUCUUCUAUGAUCUACCUCAGGGGAACGGCUUCUGUCUGGGCCAGCUCUGCUCUGACAACAAGUCCCAGCUGGUGCAGAUGGUGCGGGCCAAGAUCGGCUAUGGCAUCCAGCUGACGCGUGAGCCAGACGGGGUGUGGGUCUAUAACCGCAGCUGCUACCCCAUCUUCAUUAAGUCGGCCACACUGGACAACCCGGACUCGCGCACGCUGCUGGUGCACAAGGUGUUCCCCGGUUUCUCCAUCAAAGCUUUUGACUAUGAUAAGGCCGGCAGCCUUCAGAGGCCCAACGACCACGAGUUCACGCAGCAGCCUCGCACGGGCUUCACGGUGCAGAUAAGCUUUGUGAAAGGCUGGGGACAGUGCUACACCAGACAGUUCAUCAGCAGCUGCCCGUGCUGGUUGGAAGUCAUUUUCAACACGCGAUAGCAGCAGCAGCAGCGGCCUCCUCGCCUCUCUUUUUUUGCCCCUCCCCCACACAAACAGACUUACGCCCACUUUCCUUUUUCUUUUUUUUUUUUUUGUUUUUGUUCCAGAAGGUUCAAACAGAGAAGAAAAAGGUUUAAAAGAAGAAGAAGAAGAAGAAGAAGAAAGUAUAAGAUUCUGAUGGACUUUGUUUAAUAAAAUGACUAAGAUUUAAUUAAAAUAAGAAGCGAAAAAUGUAUUUUAUGUUAUAUAUAAAUAUAUUAUUAAUUGUAAAUAUGAAGACGUUUUAUAUGCAUCAUUAUUUAUGUAUUGUGCAAUGUGUUGAUGAGAAAAAGAAAAUAAGAUGCACUUUGCUUAAUAUAAAUGCAAAACAAAGAAAUGCCAAAAUAAAAAAAAAAAUACAAAUAAGCUA